AUGGGAAUCGGAACGCGCGAUAAAGCUAGCCUGAAGUCGGAGCUGUCGCAGUUGUUGCAGGCUGUUUUGAGCCACCGCAGUGCGUGGCCAUUCCACGAGCCCGUAGAUACUUCCAUCGUGGUCGACUACCUAGACUUUAUCGAAGACCCUGUUGAUCUGCACCUUAUCCACAACCGCAUCGACAGUGGUGCAUACGUCUCCAUAGCUGCAUUCAAGGCGGACCUGGACAAAAUGCUUGACAACUGCACGACGUACAACACACCCGACACUAACUACUACAAGGCCGCCGUGGAUCUGCGCGAGUUCGUCCAACAAAGAAUUCAGACCAGGUAA